ACUUCGAUCUGAAAGUGUUGACAUCGGUUCACCAGGUGUAUCCUACGAACCACAGGAUGAUAUAGAGUUAGAUCCUGAACUUUUAGCUAUUCAACAGUCUAUUAAACAGCCAUAUGGGAAAUCAAACAGAUGCAUUGAUACUAAAGUUGAAAUAAUGGUACUUCCCGUUCGUCAUCCAGAUCUCCAAACUGCGGAUGCGAACAUAACCGUUCAGGCUGAAUUCGAAAAGCCUAUUAAAUUUAUUAUGAAAGCGCAAGACAAUUUCGAGCGAAUGAUAAAGACUAUAUGCGAAAAAAGAGGUAUAGGGAAACAAGAUAUUGUGUUGACAUAUAAAAAGGUGAAAGUAUUUCCACGUAGCACACCGGAAAGUUUAGGAAUGUCUGGCCAAGCGCAUAUGGAUACAUACAAUUAUUACAAAGAACGGAAUGUCCUAUUAAAGCAUAGAAUGUUAGAGGAAAUAGAGAGAGAGUCAAAAAUUUCGGAUGAUCAAAAUGAGUCCGAUUUUGGUAAUACAGAGAAAAUGGUUCAAACUGAUAAUGAUUACCUUCAUCUGAAAUUGUUGAGCAAAGAUGAAUCAAUUGAAAAGUUAAAAAUAAAAAAGACUUUAACAGUACAAGCUGUUAUUGACCAUUACAAAAAAAUCAGAGAUAUUCCGAACGACGUCGACAUAAAACUGAUGUUUGAAGAUGAAGCGUUAUCUGUUACUGAUAAACUGGAGGAUACAGAUUUGGAGGAUGGUGAUAUGUUGACCGUCGUUAUUAAUUGUUAA